UCAUUUGAAUAACUGAUUUACUUUGUUAAAAAAAAUUUAAUUAAAGUUGGUAAAGUUUUUUUCCGUUUUUAAAUAAAGUCUCAAUUUUGACCAUGGCAAAAGUUUUCAAUCCAACCUUUAUCCUCGCAGUGAUUGUUUUGCUUGCAACGAUGAACUUUGGUUACUUUGUAUCAGCUGUUCUAGAAGACACUUGGACCUCCAUAAGUUCAGGUGGAUCGAUUAGAGCUGAAUCUAAUAGAAAAAUGGACCCAAUGAUCAGAAGAAAAAGAAGUGGAAAAAAGAAACGCUGUAGUCCAGCAAAAUUGCCCUCCGGUACAUCGUCUGACGCCGUUGGUGAAGCUCUUCACAAAGUCAUGACAAAUAUUCCUUUGAAUGGAAUUAAGACUCUAGAACAUUCAAAUAUCGGUGGUGAUAGCGCUUGGGCUAUCGGUAAGUGUUGGAAUGGACUGAGCCACGAUAGUUGUAAAUCUUGUAUUCGCGAUCUUGUUGAUAAUAUUUGGACAGAAUGUGAAAACGCUAAAGGAGCACGACUCAGGGAUAACAAUUGUGGGAUUCGAUAUGAGAUUUACGAAUUAACUUUUGAUAACUCCGAAGAUUCUUUUGUAUUCAAUAAUUAAUAUUAAUAUCAUCUUCUAGCUCCUAUGAGUUGAUGAAAGUUAAGAUUAUAUUUGCGACAGGUAUGAUUUGAUCCCAAAUUUAUGAAAUUUUUAAUCCAUUUAUUCAAAAUUGUAUUGAUUGUUUGCAACUAAUCUUGAUUAUUGAAUUUAUUAAAUUGAUAUUAUUUCCGUGCAUCUAA